GUUUUGUUUAAAUUAUUUAUUUAUUACAUAAAAUAUCAUUCAUUGUGAACUCAGUGUUGACCGUAAAAUAGCUAUUGCGUACAUUAAACACAUAAUUGUAUGAUGAAUAAUUAUUUUUUUAACAAAAGUGUUACAUUGCAAUACAACGUUCCCAUUUCAUUGUUUAUAAAAUACACGAAUAAAAGACUGUAAAUCGUACGAGGAGUACAAAUUUGCCAUGGAGGUUAAUCCUUUGAAUAUAUUUUUCGUGAAAUCCGAUAGUAAAGGAGACAGGUUGCUAUUUAGAUAUCCAUACGCAAGCGAAAACAAAGACGAGAGCACACAAAAAAAAUGUGGACGUCAUAAUCCAUAUGCAGUUACUUCGACCGAGGACCUGCUGCAAAAUUCACAGGCACAGACGUCCAACAUAUGCAAAGGUCAACUGAGCGGGUUCACUGAUGAAAUGCUCUCAACAUUAUUUGCCGUGAAAGCUGAACUGUGCAAUAGAAAAUUUGAACUAAAAGUAAAUGAUGUAAGAUUUGUGGGACACCCAACAUUACUACCAUACAGAACCAAUAAGGAUGACACUGCUGCUAUGAUUUUGAUUAAUAUUGUGUUUGCACUGCAAGCUUCUGCUAGUCAUUCUAUUGUAAAAUGCUAUUAUGAUCUGAGUAAGAGGCUUGGCAAAGCACUAAGGCACGAAGAGAAGAGAUGCUCAUAUUUGACUGAGGAAAUGAAAAUUAUGCUAGCAGCACACGAUGAGGUGUCUUCUCUGGACAGUGAAGUGAACUCUGGUGAUAACGACGACGACGAGGAUUCCAUCCGCAGUUCGGUCAGUUCUUCAAUGUAUACUGACAAUGGAGCAAAUAAACCCAAAUCCGCCUUCCAUUUGAUAUUACAGAGGAGUUCAUUGGCCAGGUCCAUGAAAGCUGUGUUUGAAGAACUGAGCAGUACUGGUAUAGUACAAGUGCGCAUUAACAAGUGGGUGCUUCUGUCGUUCUGUUUACCGCACAAAGCCCAUCAGAUACACAACAGAGGACUUAUCAUAGAGCCGGAGACCAUAGAUAAGUGUGUACAGAAACUCAGGCCGUAUCAUGGGAUUUUGUUAAUGGUAAACCCGAAUGAUCUACUGGCGUCUAUACCUUUGGACAGUAACCCAGCCCUCUUACGUCUUAUAAAAUUAUACAGUCCAUUAAAAAGUCUACAGACGCUAGCUAUUGAAGCCGACCUGUCUCUAAAACAGGCGUACCAACUAACGGGUCAUCUCGUGUACUGGGCGAAGGCGACAGUUAUAUACCCGCUGUGCGAGGGCAACGUGUACGUGGUGGCGCCGGGCGCCAACGUGCACACUCACUCGCCCCUAGUUGAUGAGUUCGCUAAGGAGUUCCCUGGGGUUUGCUUGUUGCAGAUGCUGAGCGAGUUCUCACUGCCAGCUCCGCUGUGGUAUGCUGCCCGCAGCUGGUGGGGCGCGCUGUCUCGUGGCGGAAGGUUAGCGCGUGCUGUCGCGUGGCUGCUGCGCCGCCGACUGCUGCUGCAGCUGCACACCUACGUGCAGUUCAACUCGCCGCACUGGGCCCGCCUCACCGAUGGCAAAGAGUACAUCUGUGAGAAGCAUGAUCCGUACUAUCAGUCAAACAGUGUGUCAUACUCGUCGUUAAACCAAGGGCAGCUGAACGUGCCAGAGCCAGUCGAGUCCAGGGAUCUUUCAAAUACAUUCGUCGACUCGGACGAUGAAUAUCCCACACAGAACAACCUCAACCAAACAGACUUCUCACACACUCAACCCAUAAUAAUAGAGGCUGAGAACACGAAAUACGAAAAAUAUGAGAACGACUCAGCGAAUCAUUCAUUCGAAGACGGAGUAGACGAAGUGGACGGUCUAAUUAAACCGACUAUAAACGGCUGUGAUAAAACUCAAAAGAAACUACAGGGUAAUUCAGUUGACAGUGGCAUAUCUCACAAUGGGAAUGGCAUAAACAGUAUCGACAAACAGAAUGGACAUACGGAGAAAAGUAAUGAAAAUUUUGAUAGAAAAAGUCUGCCAACUCGGUUAUCAGAUCUGUCUUUGAAAGAUAACGAUCAGUCUAUGAUGUUGAGGGAUACAAGCAGCGAUGAAGAUAGGUUUGAAAGUGAUACAGAUGCCCCACCAAUGUUUAAAACGAGCCACAGUUCGAUUAACGGAAUGGAGAAACGGAACGGCGUAUCUUUGAAUCUGAAGUUGCAGAGUGAAAUGAGUUUCCAAUCCCCAACCGUAUGGGCGGCUCCGAUGGGUUGUGAAGGAGACGUGUGGCGGGGAGUGUGCGACGGGGAAUCCCCGCUUGACACCUUCACGGCAGACGAGCGUGCCGCACUCGCCGCGCUGCCAGCCAGCGACCGAGCUGACGACCUGCUGCUGCUGGCCCAGCUGCAUAAGAAAGGUUAUUUUCGGGGCGAGCAGCAUUUGGAGGAGAUCAUGUUUCUUGAGAACGUAACGAGGUCUCAACUCAUGCAGUUGCUCGACAAAUUCAAGGAUAUACUCAUCACUUUCGAAACUGAAGAUCCCGUGGUGGCUAUGCUCUAUCCAUAUCAAUAGACGCGCAUUGUUCGUUAUCUUGUAUAUUCCUCGUCAAAAAAUAUUUAUUAGAAAAUUAUUUAAUUUCAAAUACACGAAUGAAUACAUUUGACUUAA